UUUAUUAAUGGUUUUGAGGAUGUGCAAUACUUAAAAAAGGGAUUGAGAGAGAAGGGAUUGAUGGGAGGCAGGUGAAUUUCGUUUGAAACAAUUAUUUUUAUGUCAAAAAUGCAGCCGAUGGUUGUCACUUGUUUAAAAUAUUUUUGUUGGUUGAACCUCUUCCCCAACUUUUUUUUACUUCCCUUUAUGCCCUCCCCCCAUUCUUUUUGGCACACAUCUUCAUUGCCUAAUUUGCAUUCCAAUGAUUUAACUAAAACACUAAACCAAAUUAUAAAGAAUGAGGCAUCCCUUCAAAAAAUGCCUAAAGAAGAAGAAAGAAGCGGUGAAAGAAGAGCUACAGCCAAACAAACCAAAAAAUUCAUCUCCAGCCAAACUAAACUGAUUUGGCCACAACCGAUGAGCAAGCAAAAAAGAAAUAUUUAUUAGAACACAUUUAAAAAAG